AUGGAUCUACAGCAGCUCGCGCAGAUGCUGCCGCCGGAGAUGGUUGGCUGCAUUGACAAGAUGCCGCCGGAGCUUUUGGAAAAAAUGAUGCACGAAGUGCAGUCAAAACUUCCAAAGUCCGACGAAGUGGGGGACGAAGAGAAGCAGCUUGUCUACAUUGAGCUUCUGAAGAGCUGCUGUUCCUCCGAGGUGGUUGCUGACUUCGAAGAACUGCGAGGUGAAGCCAGGGCGAAGAUGUUGCAGGCACUGCAAGUGUCCGUGGAGGAGACUGCGCGGCAGCUGAUGGAGGAGAGUUUGAUGGGCCCCAAGAAACGAAAUGAAUCUGCGGAGACGGGCUGCCCAAUCCUGCGGGCGCUAAGACUGUUUUGGACCUGCGACAUACCACCUCAGACGAUCCAGACGCUGAAGUAUAAGCUUCUGCCCUCUUGGGGCUGCAGGAAGCCCAGGCACAUGCAGCUGUGGCGGCAUGAGCAGCUGAGAGAGCGCAGCCGGAAGCUGAACAAAACCAGUUUCUUGCAGCUAAGCACCAACUCCACCGUGGUGAAGCCUGGAGGGUCAUCCGCGCGGGAUUGGGCGUCUUUAAGGCCCGUGGCGGCCGAGAGUCUGAAGCUCUUCGAAGUCGCCAAGGGCUGUGUUCUGGUGGGCCGACUCGUGACGGAUCCCGACGCACAGGUCGGCAUCACCACGCUGCUGGAGGAUUCCGCCGGGCAGUUGACUCAGCUGGGCUUGUACAACCAGCUGCCUGGCGGGGCAGUGGGAUCUGAUGCGCUGAUGCUGGCGGACAAAAUGUUCCCCAAGGGCGCCACGCUGAGAAUCGCGGAGCCCUUCAUGAAGGUUUUCCGCGACGGCAACCGCGGGGUGCGGGUGGACAGCCCCCACGACCUCCGUGUGGAGCCGCGUGUGUCGAGCGGGAAGGAGAGCCGAGAGGCGGGGAGGCAGCGCGGCAACGCGCUCUUUGGGGCUGGGCAGUUCCAGGCGGCUUUGACCGCCUACUGGCAGGCCUUGCGCUGCUGCGAGGACGUGGCAGUGCUCUUCUCCAAUCGUGCGCAGGCGUAUCUGAAGCAGGAGCAUUGGCUGGAGGCUUUGCGAGACAGCAGUGCCGGGUUGCUGCUGCAGCCGAGGAAUGCCAAGCACUGGCAGCGCUAUGCUGGUGCCUUGGCGGGUGCUGGGUGGCCCCGCCUGUCGGUGGCUUCGGCGGCUGUCUCGGCUUCGGGGUUGGAAGGUGCUGACCUGCCGGAUGUUGCGGAGGUGCGGCAGGUGCUGCGUAAGGAACAGGGCAACGCGGCCUACCGGGCCAAAUGCUACUCCAAGGCAGUGGCCCUCUACACUGAUGCUUUGGAUGCCCACCCUGAUGCCUCGGAGGUGGCGAAACUGCUCAGCAACCUGGCGCUGUGCUCGAUUCGGACCGGCAUGUUGCAUGAUGCAGUGGCCACGGCAGGCUCCUGCCUGCGGCUGACGGACUCGGCCAAAGCGAGGCGGCACUUGGGACAGGCCCUGGCGCUGCUUGGGGAGUUGGAGCUGGCAGGAGCUGUGCUCGGCUCGAAUUCCAAGGAUGCUCUCGCAGAGGAGAUCCGCGUCAUGCGGCAGCACCUUCAGCAAGGCUUCCCCACAGAGCUGAUGGCUGUGGCGGCGGCGGAGCGUUGCUGGAGCACAUCGUUCCUGGUGGACUGGGUGGCACCGGACACGUUGAGGCUGUGCCACAUUGAGGGCAAGGGACGGGGUCUUCGUUCCACCCGCGACAUCCGGAGAGGCGAAACCUUGAUGCUCCAGCGGCCUCGCGCCUUUGCCUCGGCGGACGUGGAGGAGGGCCAACUGGUGACGUCGCUGGACUACGAAAAGCGGAUGGUGUCCGACACCUCCAAGGUGAAGAUGAUUUCGCAGGUCACCUUUGCUGCCAGCCUCGACAUGCCCCUGGCCCGCGUGCUGUCCCAUCUCGACGACGGGAGCGGUGCAAGGCGGGAAGUGGUGGACUUCGCCGAGUUUCUUCACCGGCUGAGCCCUGUGGUGUGCCGUUGCUGCUCCAACAGCCCGAGUUUGUUCCCAGAUGGGAGCGGCUAG